CUAUUCAAUAGCUAUUCAUAGGUGUAGUAUUAUAAAAGGACUCUUUGAUUUCUCGUUUGCCUUUUUUUCUUCCCUUCUUUAUAGUUGUUUUGAUAUUAUACGAUCCUUUUCAUAAUUCAUCCUCUCCGUUCUUUUAACAUUUUAUAUUUACUUAUAUUAAUCUAAUUCUAAUACCUAAUGACUGGUAGUAUCAACGAACCAUAUAACCAUCAGGUAGUGGUUUCUGAUGAUGCUGAUGAGUACUAUCAACAUCAUACAGCAGAAGAUCAUCGUGGUCUUCGAGACGAUGUCUUAAUGGAAGAAUACUCUGAAAAAGCUGCUCCUCCACCAAAGCAAAAAUUCUACAAGAAAAAAAAGUACUGGAUCAUUUGCUCAAUCAUUACUGUCAUUGUGGUAGUAGUUGCUGUAGUUCUUGCUCUUUAUGUGAUCUUCCCCAAGAUUGCUCAAUCAUUGAUGAACCAAUCUAAUAUUGAUAUAACAGCCGCCGAUAUUUCUUUCAACAAACCUGAUGCCCUGACAAACUCAGUAUACUCCAAACGUAGUGAUGAUAUGAACUCAACUUUCUAUAUGAACAUGGAAAGUGCACUCUCCAAUACUGGUCCAUUUUAUGCUUCAAUUAAAUUCCACAAUCCUGUUCAGGUCUACUACAAUGAAACUUAUUUGGGUGACAUGUUCUUCUUUAAUGAAACAAGCAUUGCCAAUGGCCAUGGCACUUUGAAUGCCGUUACGCCCUUCUUGAUUCGAGAUCAAGCUGCCUUUGCUGCCUUUGCAAGGACAAUGUUGGCUGUUGAAACUUUCAAAUGGACCCUCAAAGGAAAACUCGAUAUUAGUGCUCUCACAAGAACAGCCACAGUUGACCUGAACAAAGAAGUUGUUUUAAAUGGCAUGAAUGGUUUUCCUAACGUAAAAAUCAAUUCCUUCCAACUUCCAGGUGAUGAUCCCAAUGGUGGUAUCCUUGUUGAAUUGGGUACAAUUCUGGAAAGCCCUUCUCCCAUUGGUGUUCAACUUGGUACAAUCAAAAUGGCCAUUGGCUACGAUGGUGUUCCCUUGGGUUAUGUCCAAGGCUCUAACGUAAAUCUUGUUAAGGGUGAUAACAAUAUUGUUCUUAAAGGUACACUCACACCACAAAAUGAUACUACGGCCUUACAAAAAGUUGGUGUCCUUUUCUCAAAUUAUGUUGCUGGCCAGCUCUCCAACACAACUGCUCUUGGUGUCUCUUGUGCUCCUGACGGUGUCAACCCUAUUAACUGGCUCUCUGAAGGCUUUAAGUCUGUUAGCUUGAAUGUUGGACUCUCUGCUGGUUCUCCCUUGAAGAUCAUCAAUGGUGUCAACAUGGGUCAUCUUGACUUGAAGUUCGAUGCAAAUACACCUUAUGCUCCUGUGGCCAAUGCCCCUUCUGUCACUGCCAAUUUCCAAUUACCCUUUGGUUUCUCCUUGAAUAUUACAGAAGUCGCUCAAAACAUCACUCUUGCUGUGAAUACUUCUGGUGCUGAAACAGAAAACUUCGCUGUUAUGCAAGCUCCUUUCAGUCCUGCUGUUAGUGACUUGAAGAGUGGCACUAUUGUCUUUGGUAUCAACAAUACUGCCAUUUCAGGCAUUACAGGAAAAGAAGCUAUUUACAAUCAAUACACUUAUGAAUUGACUGCCUCAAGUAACUACACCUUCAUGAUUUCUGGUCUUGCCUCUACAAAGACAAUGACACCCAUUGGCCCUAUUCUCUUGACAGGUAUCAACUUCACUGUGCCCACCACACUACAUGGUCUUCAAUUCUUGAACAGCACUCCUACAGUCAUCAACUCGCUUGAUGUUACUGGUGGCACAUCUGAUGGUUUGAAUCUUGCUAUCAAUGUUACCAUGGAAAACCCAUCUGAUUUUAGUCUCUCUACUGGCGACGUUAGCUUCAACAUGGGUGCUAGUGAUACUACGCUUGGUCUUGUUACUCUUUCUAAUCUAGUCUUGAACCGUGGUCAAAAUACAGUUGCUGCUUCUGCAUCCUUUGAUCCCAAAUCAUCUGAUGUUGGACAAAACUUGUUGAGUACCUUUAUCAUGGGUUCCGAUAAUGGUGUUGAAAUCACAGGUUACUCUAACUCAACCAAUAUUGCUUCUCUCAUGAACGCAUUGAGCGCUGUCAGUCUUAGCUCUACACUUCCCGGCUUAAAGACUGCUCUUAUUCAAGGAUCUUCCAUGUCAGUUUUGCCCGAUACUCUUCAAACCAGCAUGGUUGGUGUUAAGGUCUCAAUUGCUAACCCUUUCUCUGCUGGUUUGAGUAUUUCCAAGGUUGUUGCUGCUGCUACUUUUGCUGGUAUGCCUGUUGGUAAUAUCGAUCAAGAUAUCAGUAGCAAUCCUUUUAUAGUUCCUGGUAAAGCUACUGCACAAUCUCAAGCUUUGAAUAUGAACAUGAACCUUGAGCCUGCUGCUGUUGCCCUCUUGCUUCGUACACUUGCUGUUCAGGCUAACCUUGAUACACGCGCUCUUGAUGCUUUGUUUGGCCUUGGUGGUUUUAAUAUUGAUGGACAAGAAGACAUCAAGGCUGAUUCAAGUCUUUUCUCUAACUUCAAUGUAUCUCAAUAUGUUAUGGACGCCAUGAAGGCAUUGAAGGUUGAUCUUACCCUUUCUUCUACUAUCAGGAUUGGUCAAUACACCAACGACCUGGCCUUCUCUCAAGGUAAUGUCGCUGUUGCCACGGAUAGUUCCGUCACUGCUCUUAUUCCUAUUGUUGGUCAACCCAUCGUACAACAAAUUGUAGAUGGCUCUGUUCUUGGUUUCGAUACCAUUGUCUUGUCAUCUGUGACUGAAGGCUCCUUCAAUGUUCAAAUGAAGGGCAGUAUUGCCAACACAGGUCCCAUGGAUGCUACAAUCAGCUUCCCUAGUCCUCUUACUAUUUCAUGGCAAGGAAAGAAACUUGGUACCGUCUCUAUGUCUGCUAUUAAUGCCAAGGCUGAUGUCGGUGCUUCAUUUGAUGUUCAAGGCUCAUUCACUGUUGCCAAUGGUGACGACAUGGCUUCUUUUGCUGCUUAUUUAAUCAACAAUGAGUCUUUUGAAUGGGAAAUUACUACAUCUGAUGUCAGUGUCAACGCUCUUGGUUUUACUUUUAACAAGAUCUCACUUCACAAAUUUGUCACUCUCGCUGGGUCAAAUGGGUUCAAGGAUGCAGUUACUGUUCAAUCCUUUGACUUACCUUCAAACGAUCCUGCUGGUGGUAUUACCUUGACAGCCAAGACCACUAUUUACAAUCCUAGUCAAAUUGGUUUCAACCUUGGUGGCGCAGGCUUUGAAACCUAUUUUGGUGAUGUUGAUCUUGGACCUCUUGCCUCCGAUGGCGCUGCUUACUUUGCCCCUCGCUCUUCUUCUAAUAUCAACAUGAAGGGGCGUUUGAUUCCUCAAACGACAAAGGAAGGUAUUGUUGCUAUCACGACUGUUUUUGGUCACUACCUUGCUGGUCAAUCGAGCACGCUUACAGUCAAGGGUAUGUCUGGCUCUGGUAACAAUGGCCAAGUAAGUUGGCUUACUUCAGCUUUCAAGACAAUUUCUAUUGAAAACGUGGUCUUACCUGGUCCUUCUUCUGUACCUGUUCUCAUUCCCUCUGUCGAAAUGAAGACACUUGAGAUGGACUUUACCAAGGAUCCUUGGGCACCUCCUACUUCAUCUUCUCAAGUAGAAGCUCAAUUAAAGAACCCUUUUGGUUUCCCGUUGAGUGUCAAGCAACUCGACAUGAAAGUAGCGGCCAACUACAAUGGUAAUUUGGUAGCCAAUCUUGAUGUGCCCAUCUCCCCUGCUACUACAAGCUCCACUGGGCUCAUCACAACUGGAUUCACCAAUGUUCCAUUCAAGGUUGCUAAUAAGGAACUAUUUGCUGGUUUUGUUCAACUCUUGACGUUGAGUCCUCAGGUUACUUUUGGUCUUAAGGGUGUUUCUAAUGCUGUUGCUGAUACUGCUGUUGGUACUCUUACUCUUCCAGGUGUUGGCUUUGAUGUUCAAACACAUUUGAAUGGUUUCAAUGGCUUUGGUAAUACUGCUCGUAUUGUUGAUCUCAAGGUGACUGGUGGUACUUCUGGCUAUGUUAUCAUUGAUCUUGUUGUUGAAAUGAACAAUCCUUCCAGUAUUACUAUCACUAUUGGUGAUAUCAACUUUGAUGUUCUCAUGCCUGAAUUCAACAAUGCUGUCAUCGGUAAAGUUUAUUUGAAAGACACAGUCAUCAAGCCUGGUGCUCAAAACUAUAAUGCUGUCAUGCAUUUAGCUGAAGGAGCUACAAACAUUGAAGCUGUUGGCAAAAUUCUCACCUACUACUUGACAUCUGUCACUGUUCCCUUGACCAUUGCUGGUUCCCCUAGCUCAACUUCUAUUGCUCCCUUGCAACCUGCCUUGUCCUCAUUGAAACUCUCUUCUCCUAUGGCUGGUAUCAAUGGUGGUUUGAUCAAAAAGAUCCAUGUCACUGGCGAUAUUAUCGGAGCAGUAGGUGGUCUUGCUUAUGCUUCUAUUGAGCUUUACAACCCCUUGGAUACACCUUUCAAGAUUGUUCAUAUCUAUGCUGAAACCAAAAAAACGGUUCGUUGCUCUAUGAUGGGUACUCAAGGACAAUAUGUCACCGUUGGUACAAUUGACUACGAGCUUCCUAGUCCAUUGACAAUUCCUCCUAAAGGUUCUGUUACUACUGACAGUUGGCCUGUCAAACUUGGUGAUCCACUUGUACUUCUUCCUACUCUUUAUGAUGGCUACCUCUUCUAUAAUGUGACUCAGAAUGCCUCAGUCAUUGUAGAUGAUGACUUCCAUGCCUCCAACAUGUACUAUUACCAAAAUGAUGUACCUUACGAUAUGAAUAUUCCUGGCCUUUCUGAUGAUCCUUCUGGUCCUGCAAGCUGCAACCCUGGUGCUAUUGCUCUUUCUACUAACACGACAGCAAAUGCCACUACUACAGAGUCUAUUUCUGCUACUGCAACUCUUAUUCCCAUUGAUAAUAGUACAUCGACUACUGUUGAUGCUACUACCACGACUGCCACCACUGUUAUCACGACUACAGAUGCACCCGUUGAGGCUACUACUACAACGACAGAAUCACCUAUUCAAGCUACAACUACAGCUACAACUACAGCUACAACCACUACAGAAGUACCUGCUCAAACAACCACUGAAACAACAACUACUAAUGAUGUUCAAACAACAACAACAACUGCUCAAGCUGCUGCUAUUACUACCACAACAACAGUUUAAUGUGUAUUCAAGCUCAUUUUAAUAUCAAUACAAUUAGCUUAUCUUGAUAUUUUCUAUACUUAUCGCUCCUUUCUAUUCUUAUUAUUAUGCACUCUUAGCCGUCUUAUUUUAUAGCUUUUAUAUUUUUAUCUUGUUCCUUUUUCUGUCUAUCAUAUAGAACAUACAAUAUAUAAAGAGAGC